AGAGAGAGAUCCUCUUAUUAGUGUAUUAUAUUUAAAUUACUCGACGAACAAAAGUUUAUACACGUAAUAUCAUACAUGUACGUAUAAUACACGUAUGUACAUCUCGAAGUCUCUUGACAGUUUUAUUUCAAUCAUAUUACUCUUUUUAACUUUACGGAGAUGGAUUUGCAAGGCCCCACCAGAGAGCAUAGGUAGUACUGUAAAUGUGCAACGGCAAUCAAUGGAGAGGGGACGUUCGUUUCCUCCGGCCAACUUACGUGCAUUAUAUCAUGCGCGCACGUUCUCGCAUUCUACGCAGGUGUACGCGGCAUCCGCGAUACCACGACUUCGCAGGGAAAAAAGCCGGGCUUGUUCUACGAAACGUGUCUUUUGUGCUGCACCAUUUCAAAAAUAUAAUCCCGCCGUUUUUUUUUCUCUCUUUUUCGCACAACCACCCCCUCUCGGAAAUUUUUUCUCAUUCGCGUCCCGCAUAGUAGAAUUAUGUAAUUUUACACAACAGGUCUGUAUCUGGAUCGGUGUUGUAAAUAAAAUCAAUCUUCAAGUCUGCGUUCUCACACUUACAAUCGCUUGAAAAAAAUUAUCGGAAUAUAAGAAAAAAAUAUGUUCCACAUAUAAUUACGCGAUUAAAAGCUGUACGUAUUUUAAUCCCGAUAUAUAUCUGUCGAUGCAUCGAGAAGAGCAUCCGCGAAGGAAAGGCCAAAACAGACGUGCGGCAAAGCGUAUAAAAUAAGAAAAUGACUGCUACCGAGGAAACGGAGCCUUUGAUCUCCACGACACCGACCUCUUCUGCAAGUAAAACCCAAAGGCUCACUUAUCACACGAUUUCCUUCGAAGGAAGUACGUCCCACGGCGGAAGUCCGGAGACCUCGUUUAGCUUGAGACCGAUUUCGAGCGCGCAUGCGGGUGCAAAUUUCAAUGACAAAAUUUCCGACAAUAAAAUUACAUACACAUGGAGCGACGUAAACGUGUACUGCAGCGCGAGAACCGAUAGAAUUUGGGAUCGAUUGACGUUCCAAGCCAGAAGAUCCAUCGCGCAGAAGCACAUACUAAAAGAUGUGUGCGGAGUAGCGUAUCCCGGCGAGCUGUUGGUAAUCAUGGGUGCGUCAGGCGCGGGCAAGACGACCUUGUUGAACGCCCUGACGUUCCGUUCGGCACGUGGUGUAUCCGUGUCCGGUCUGAUGGCCGCCAACGGUCGACGGGUAUCGUCGGGCGUCCUCACGUCGCGGAUGGCUUACGUGCAGCAGGACGAUCUGUUCAUCGGCACGCUCACCGUGACGGAGCACCUGAUGUUUCAGGCGACAGUGCGAAUGGAUCGGCAAAUAUCUCGCAGCCAGAGGAUCAAGCGUGUCAACGAGGUCAUCGACGAGCAGCUCGCUCUGACAAAAUGUCGGAACACCAUGAUCGGAAUACCCGGCAGAGUGAAAGGUCUUUCGGGGGGCGAAAUGAAGAGGUUGUCUUUCGCCUCCGAAGUGCUGACCGAUCCACCGCUCAUGUUUUGCGACGAGCCGACAUCGGGCUUGGAUUCCUUCAUGGCCCAUCAAGCUGUUUCCAUUUUGAAAGCAUUGGCGGCACGCGGCAAAACGAUCGUCGCGACGUUACAUCAACCUUCGUCGGAGCUGUUCGCUAUGUUCGACAAAAUUCUUCUAAUGGCCGAGGGAAGAGUCGCUUUUAUGGGUACGACUGCGCAAGCCUGUUCUUUCUUUAAAACACUCGGCGCCGCCUGUCCCAGCAAUUACAAUCCUGCUGAUUAUUUUAUACAAGUGUUGGCCGUGAUGCCGGGGCGCGAGUUGGCCAGCAGAUACGCGAUCAAAACGGCGUGCGAUACCUUCCGGAGAAGCGAAUACGGCCUGAAAAUCGCCCUGGAAACCGAGAUCCACGGCGAAUUCGAGGAUGCCCUCAAACAGCUCAAGCACUCUAAGGAUUCCGAUCGAUCUCCUUACAAAGCGAGUUGGUGCGAGCAAUUCCGCGCCGUUCUGUGGCGAUCCUGGUUGUCGGUGAUAAAGGAACCUCUCAUCAUUAAAGUCCGCCUCUUGCAAACUAUCAUGGUCUCACUAUUGAUCGGCGUCAUUUAUUUCGGUCAACGGAUGGAUCAGGAUGGCGUGAUGAAUAUCAACGGCGCCCUUUUCAUCUUCCUCACCAACAUGACUUUCCAGAAUGUCUUCGCGGUCAUCAACGUGUUUUGCGCCGAACUGCCGAUAUUUCUUCGCGAGCAGAGAAAUGGCAUGUAUCGCACCGAUGUCUACUUCAUCUGCAAGACGCUAGCGGAAGCGCCGAUAUUCCUGGCGAUACCGUUCAUCUUCACCGCUAUUGUCUACCCAAUGAUUGGCUUGCAUCCCGACGUGAAGCAUUUUUUCAUCGCCACUGGCGUGGUGGCUCUCGUAGCAAAUGUAGCGACUUCAUUCGGUUAUCUGAUAUCGUGCAUCAGCAGCAGCGUGUCUAUGGCGCUUUCCGUCGGUCCGCCGGUCAUAAUACCGUUCUUGCUUUUCGGCGGUUUCUUCCUGAACACAGCAUCUGUGCCGUCCUACUUUGUGUGGUUCUCGUAUUUAUCCUGGUUUCGUUACGGCAACGAGGCACUUUUGAUCAACCAAUGGUCGGAGAUCGACUUCAUAGCGUGCACGAGAAGCAACGUGACGUGUCCGAAAUCGGGACACACGGUACUCCAAACUUAUAACUUCAAAGAAGCGAACUUCUGGAUGGACAUCCUCUGCUUGUUCGCGCUUAUCCUCAUAUUUCGUUUCCUGGCGUUGCUCGCGUUGCUGUCGAAAACUUGCCGUUUCAAACCCAAAUAGCGUCUUCGUCAUGUCUCGUGGAUAAAGACGCGGUUUGCGAAAAUGAUUGCAGGUCUGUUAUUAUUGUAUGUAACGUAAUUGUUAUAUAAAUGUAGUGUAUAAAUAAAUAAUUUGUAAAAUU